AUGGGCAGCACCUUUUCUACAUUAUGCCAGUUCUGGCGCAUCCUUCACGGCGUCACAUUAUCCUACUAUAAGGACAAGCCGACUUCGUUACCCGAGCACGCGUCGAUCGAUUUUGCGGAGUUCAAAUACCGCGAGCUCCUGGCGUGGAUAGAAGGACUACCAUCUGACCAGGCCUUGAAAGAUCAUUCCCCUCACCAUGUUGUUGUCUUGCACAUCUGGUUCCAUGCCGCCAUUCUGGACCUCUUCCGACCCUUCCUACAGAGCACCGCCCGCGAACGACAGCGCCUCAAGACAUUUUCUGCUCGCCGCAGCUAUCCUGAAGCAGCAUUCAACGCCUCUGUCAACCAGUUGAAGCAACUUGUUGUGAGGUAUCGGUGCAAUUACGAGUCUUCCGCCUACACAAUACUUUGGCAGACGGCCUUGAUAUACGUCGCAAACGCGGUCCUUCACAACACUGAGGAUCCCGAAUGGCGACUUUAUUUUCUGGCUUGUAUAUAUGGAUACGAGGGUUUGAGAACAUCAUACCGGGUUGCCGAAGUCAUCUCUCGAGGACUAUUAACCAUGUCGCUCCAAGAGGGCGACAUAUCUGGCAGCGAGGCACGGCAUUUGCUCAAGCAAGUGACUGAACCCGAAGGCGCCGGCGGCAAGGGCGAUGUGAGAGCUACUUUUAUGGCAGAUCUUGAUUUAGCGAUGACUGAUCCUGAGGCGGCGAAGGUGGAGAAUUUGGCCAAAAGAUUCGAAGAUGUGGCUUUAUUUAGCGACUUCACGACCAUGGACGAUGAAGAGGCACGGAGGUUCCAACGGAUAGAAACACCAGAUUGA